AUGGUCUACUUCCCACCUUCUUUCGUCACCCUUGCGGCAUCUCUCUUUUUCUCCGCACCUGCGGUGGCUCACCCUGGCCAUGACAUCGCGGAGGAGAUCGCUGAACGCGCCGCAUACCUUGCGAGCGACUCGUACAUCGGUCUCUCGCACUGCGCUGAGACUCUCAAGUCUCGUCAGGCGGCUUUGAUCAGCUACCGCAAAGCCAUGGUUCAGCACCUGCGCACCAAGCGUGGCAUCGUCAAGCGCGACUUCGAGGAGGUCCUUAACACUGAUCACCACUCGAACGCCUCUGUCACACCUGAUAGCCCAGACGAUGUCGUUUUCGCCGGUAACGCUUCGUGCAUUCUACAAGCUGAGGCCACUGAGGGCCCCUACUGGGUUUCUGGUGAAUACGUCCGCCAGGACAUCACUGAUGGCAACCCCGGUGUACCCUUCACUUUUGAUGUCCAGGUCAUUGACACCAGGACCUGCGAGCCAAUCUCACAGGUUGCCCUCGAGGCCUGGCACUGCAACAGCACCGGCGUGUACGGCGGCGUAGUUGCUGGCGGUAACGGCAACACUGCUGAUGCGAGCAAUAUCAACAACACCAUGUUCCGCGGUAUCCAGUUUAGCAACGAGAACGGUAUUUUGCAAUUCGACACUACCUUCCCUGGUCACUACUCUGGACGCACCACGCAUAUUCACGUCCUUGCCCACGUCAACUCCACCAUCAAUGAGCAAAACCAGACUCUCACCGGCGGCCACGUCUCCCACGUCGGCCAACUCUUCUUCGACCAAAAACUCAUCACCGACGUCGAUACCGUCGAGCCCUACAUCACCAACGCGCAAAAACUUACGCUCAACGCCGACGAUGGCAUCUUCGCCCAGGAAGCCGCUACCUCUGACCCCGUCCUUAACUACGUCUACCUGGGUGACAGUGUUGAGGAGGGUCUGUUCGCUUGGAUUACUGUCGGUAUUAAUCCUACUGCUGUCACGACGCCUAGGGCUGCGGUUAACUUUGGGGAGGGCGGUGGUGUGGCGAACCCGGGUGGUGGCGGUGGGCCUGGUGGGCCGCCUCCGAGUGGUGGGUUCCCGGGUGGUCCGAGGCCGACGAGCACGGCUGCGCCGAGCAGCACUGUUGUUUGAGUAAUUUCAGACACUGGCAGCAAUGACAGAAGCACGUAGGGGGUCGAGCGUGACGAGAUUGUUGG